GUAGCGAAAUUUCUUGAGGGUCAACGACAUUGGCGAAAAAAACCUUGGAUAGAGAGAGUUCUCUAUAGGAUGAGACAGGGAUAAAACAGUGGUACAAAACUGUAUUGUUUUAUCGCUAAAAAACUGCAAAAUAGCAGGCCAGUUUUGCUGGAGCGAUCUAUUUUUUUUUUGAGGUGGAGCGAUCUGGGGCACGAUCAUCAACCCAUGAUGUCACGGCCCAAGCCCGUGCGAGGCCGGUAUCGCCCCAUUCCCGAGUCAUUUCGCCGUGUAACUGCGCCAGGCGGAGGCUGGGAUUGCCUAAAACCUUCCGCCUCCCUUGGCACCGCCGGUUCCGGAGGAGCCGUCGACAACUCGAUAUGGAACCCUCGCGGCUGCCCCCGGAGGCCGCGGACAAGCCUCAAGGUACGCCUUCCUUUCUCAGAUCCCGGCGCCGCCGUACGCCUCCCUCGCUUCCGGAUUGUUCCCCGCCGAUCUCGCCCGGGAUUUCUCUCCUGGCCGCGGCUAAACCAUCGAUUUGCCUGGCGCGCAGGUUUGAUCGCCAAGGACCGCUUGUUCAGCAUCGCCGCCUACAUCUCAUCUGGGGAGGUUCGUGUCUCGCUCGCCUUCUCUUCGCCAUGUUGUGAGAUGUCGGCGUCCUCGAUGUCGUGCGCUUAUGGUAGACUUCGGUUUUGGCCGGUGUUCUGUGCGUGUACAGGCUAAUCAGCCGAGGGUGUGAACUGAACCAGUUGGCACUGCAUCGGUGCUGGGCCUGUGUGGAAUGGAUGGAUGGGCAUGGGACGAUCAAUUGCCAAGUUAAUUGCUUGGGUUGGCGCCUUUUGUGGUUGUGGGUAUUGGUAAUUGGGGCUUGCGAUCUUUGUGAUGCUGUUUUUCUUGUGUCAACGCUCAGUAGCAGUACAUAAAAGUCAGUGCUUUUGGUGUCAACUCUGGAGUACUGUAAUUAUGUAGAUUUUCGCACUAUAUAUACAUUUUGUUCAGGACUUGACUGUUGAGGUACUGUUGGAUUCUAUGAAUGUGCUGUUCUGUCAGAUAACAUUAUGGUUUAUGAACAAAUGCUGAUAUUACGGAUUUGUUGUUGGGGAUAACGUGAAGUGCGUAGUUCACAUGACAUGUAUAUGCCUUGUGUGUUCAUGGUAAUGCAGAAUAAAUGCAUUCGUAAAUUUGGUACCUUUGCUGUUCAUUGGGAGGUUUAGCUUCCUGGGAUGUUAACCCACACACUCUCUAUGUUAACUGUACUUUUGUUUAUGUCGAACAAUGAUAUCUUCUAGGUUGAUAUAGUUUGUCGUUGUCAUCUAUAAUAGGGUGUUAUUGCCGCUGCCCUGCGGAAACAUGUUGAAGAGGAAGCUCGACAUCUCAGCGGUGAAGAUCUUCUAAGGGUUAUGGAUCAGCUCUAUGAGCAAAUAUCUAGCUUAUUGCAAAGCACUGAUGCUACUGAAAAUUUACUGGCUCUUCAUGCUAUCGAUGCUUUGGUUGAUUUACCCGCCGGAGGCCCUUCAAAGGUUUCUAAGCUCGCUAAUGUCUUAAAAAAUGUCUUUGAAGUCAAGCGUGACCCUGAAAUCCUAGUUCCAGCUAGCACAGUGCUUGGUCAUUUGGCAAAUGUUGGGGGAGCAUUAACUGGACACGAAGUUGAGCGACAGGUAAGUUAUAACUUAUUACUGCUUCCAGUUUCCAUGAACAUACUUUUCCAGUUCUCUAAGAAGCACUUUUAGAUUAUUACGACUGCGUUAGGAUGGCUUGGUGGGGAUCGAGUGGAAUAUCAUCGCUUUGCAGCUCUCCUUAUUCUCAAAGAGAUGGCUGAAAAUGCAUUCACAGUUUUCAAGAAUUAUAUCCCUGAGUUUGUUGAUGUUAUACUGAUAGCUUUGAGCGACCCCAAACUUGUUAUCCGUGAACGAGCAUCUGAAGCCAUGCGUGCGCUUGCACAUUCCAACAUGGAGGCGGUGGCAGACUGUGCUGCGAAGAAGGCGAAACUGGAGGGAAUCGAUAUGAUCAGUGACCUCCCGGAUGAGACGCUCUGCACCAUCAUCUCCUUCCUCCGCACAGAUGAUGCUGUGCGCACUUCUGCCCUCUCUCGCCGCUGGCGUCACCUGUGGCGCUCCGCUCCCAUCAACCUUGACACUGCACAUAUCCCUGGGUUUUGUCCCGAGAAAAUUGAGGUUGUAACCCAGAUCCUUUCUGAGCACCAGGGUCUCAUACGCCGCCUUCACCUCAACAGCCUCUACUUUGCCGAUCUCGAUGGCUGGUUCAGGUCCCCAGCCCUAGGUAAUCUUCAGGAGUUUGACAUCUAUGUCGCUAAAUUCGAUGAUCCGCUGCCGCUAUCUGUGCUCCGCUUUGCACCGACUCUUCGUGUGGCCCGCAUUGCGCACUGCAGCUUCUUUGAGGAUGAGGAGGUCCCAGUAUUUAAUUUCCCACACCUGAAAACACUCGUUCUGGGCUUCCUUUAUGUAGAUGAAGACACUCUCCACAGCAUUCUCUCUGGCUGCCCUAUUCUCGAGGACCUGCUGCUUGACAGUUGUAGUGGCUUCAGCCGCUUGGUGAUCAACUCACCGACACUUAGGAGCAUUGGUGUCUGUAAUGAUCAGUACGGCGAUAGUGAAAUAGUCAUCGAGAAUGCCCCUUGCCUGGAAAGAUUCGUCAGAUCAGAUUCAUUUCGCACAACACCAGUCAUCCGGGUAAUCAGGGCACCCAAACUGGAGAUCUUGGGCUCACUGACAGAUAACUUUGGUAAACUCAAGCUUGGAACCACAGUUUCACAGGAAAUGGUCGCUGGUAACUUGGAAAUGUUGAUGCGCAGUGUUAAGGUUUUACGUAUCACGUCUAGUGGCCCUAAUCUUGAUGCAGUUCUUCGCUUCCUCAGAGUCUUUCCUUUAUUGGAGAAGCUAUACAUCAUGUCAUCUCUGCAGAUGGAUAUGCAAAAUGUGCAACAUCAUGAGCCAACAGAUGUGAUUGAGUCUCUUGACCAUAUCAGAUAUGUAGAGUUGAAGUGUUACUCGGGCAAGAAGCCAGAUGUUGACUUUGCCAAGUUCUUUGUUCUAAAUGCUAAGGUGCUCGAGUUAAUGAAAUUUGUUGUUGAAGGCAGAUGCACUCAGAAAUGGAGAACUGAUCAAUACAAGUGCCUACAGUUUGAUAGUAGGGCUUCUCCAAAUGCUCUAUGUGAUUUUAGAUCUUACUCUGGUCAUGUAGAUCCUACUGGAUGUAUCCGCAGGGGCUAUCACCAUAAUGAGCAUGUCCUGUCCAUGGCCAAUCCCUUCGAUAGCUCUUCUUGUAGUCACUGCAGAGAUGCCUGAGCAGGUUGAUAGCUCUUCAUGUUUUGUCCAUGGCUGCCCCCUUACCUUUAUGUGCAAACAUUGCAAGAAGUCUCUCAUGUGAAUGUUUUGGAAGGCCUUUAACACAUGUUCAUGACUAUGUUAAAUGUUUUGAGUCAAUACUUGUGUUAUGUGCAAUCAAAAUACACUAGACAGUUUGGCAUCA